UCUCUCUCUCUUUCUCUCUGUCUCUCUCUGUCUCUCUCUCUCUCUCUCUCUCUCUCUCUCUCUCUCUCUCUCUCUCUCUCUCUCUCUCUCUCUCUCUCUCUCUCCGUUAGCGAAAGCCUCUAACUCCAGCCACAAGGAGGGAGGACAGCGACUGAGCUGAGAGAUACUUUUUAUACCCACAUGUUGCUGUGCUGACUGAAUUGCCGCCACGGUUUCUGCCUGUCAACUGUCCUUUGAUUUGUUUAGUCCCUCUGUGAAAAGCCAGAGCCAUUUAAUUAAUAGUAACUCUGCCCACCUGUGACAGCUGGCAUUUCCUCUACGCCACAUACUGUAGAGGCAAGAAAAAAGGGAGGGAAGAGAAAUAGAAGGGAAAGGACAUCUUUCAUGAAAAGUGGGCAUCCAAAAGACAUAAUUUCACUCCCAGUUGACACAAAUGAAAGGUUACUGCCUCAUGAAGCUGGUUGACAGAAUGCCAAGAGUGUGCAAAGCUGUCAUCAAGGCAAGUCUAUGAAUGGUAAUGAAAAGAAACUCAAACAUAAAAGAAGCAUCACCAUGCCAGGCCUGAUCAACAAGGAGAGGCAGAAUGCUCUGCCUCUCAGUGUCUCUGAGAUCACUUCCUGUGUCAGAGGUUACACUCUAGCCCUGACAGCAUCCAUGACCUACAACAACUUCGAGGACCAUCCAAUUGAAGGUAUCUUCAUUUACCCACUGGAAGAAUGCUCUACCGUUGUGGGAUUCGAGGCUAUGAUCUCCAGCCAAAUAAUAACAGUGCAAAUCAAAGACAAGUCCAAGAUGGAUGACUGUUACUUUGAUUGCUGCACUACAGCUAAUGGAGCCCUUCAGAGUGGCAGUGGACAGAUAGUGCUGGAUGAGGACAUGGAGAGGACGGUGUUGGUGGUGAAUCUGGGGGUCAUCCCACCUCUGGAGACGGUCAACGUGCUGGUCAGCACCUCCUCUGAGCUGCCCACCCUGCCUGAUGGGGGAAUCCGUGUCACGUCACCCUCCGUGUGCACCCCGAGGGUCCAGAGGACCAUCAACGAGGAGCAGGGACUCUCCCCUAACUUCCAGAACAGAACGAGGGAUAGGCAUAAUUGUGCCCUGGGUCCACAUGAACAGACACCCAUAAAUCCCCAGCUGUGCAUGGCCCUGCUGCUGGAGGAAGAGGCCAUCAACUCCAUCGACUAUGAGUUUAGCUUCCAGCUGGAGAUCAGAGCCCCCUAUCUCCUUGCAGGUGUGGAGAGCCCCUCUCAUGCGAUCCGGGCCGACGCAGACCCCCUGGCCCGCUCAGCCACCAGCGUUGUCAUCACCCUGGCUGACAAAUACACCUACGACUGCCCUGUGGAGAUCCUCAUCUACCCCAGCGAUCCUCAUCUGCCAUAUGUGCUGAUUGAGGAUGGAGACAUGACACUGGAGGAGUACGAUGAUCACCUCGCGGGGAAGAGUGACUUCAUCAAGGCCACCAAGAAGGACUCCAGCAAUGAAAAUAAAGUGGAUAUCAUUCGCAAGCGUCUCCACAAGGACAUCCUUCACAACCCUGUGGUCAUGCUCAACUUCUGCCCAGACCUCAAGUCCAUGACCUCUGACCUGAGGAAGGUGCAUGGAGAGUACAUCUUCCUCAUUGACCGCAGUGGGAGCAUGAGUGGGGUCAACAUCAGCCGUGUCAAGGAUGCCAUGGUGGUGAUUCUGAAGAGCCUUGUGCCUGCCAGCCUCUUCAACAUCAUCGGCUUCGGCUCCACAUUCAAAACACUGUUUACUACCAGUCAGAGCUAUGAUGAGGAAACAGUAACCAUGGCUUGUGAGUACAUCAGGAAGAUCCGAGCUGACAUGGGCGGCACCAACAUCCUGGCACCGCUCAAAUGGAUCCUGAGGCAACCGAUGCACGCAGGUCAUCCUCGCAUGCUCUUCCUGCUCACGGACGGGGCCGUCAACAACACAGGGAAGGUCAUCGAGCUGGUCCGCAGCCAUGCCCGCUACACCAGGUGCUACACCUUCGGCAUCGGUCAGAGUGCUUGCAGGAGACUGAUGACAGGACUGGCGGCAGUUUCCAAAGGAACGGCAGAGUUCUUGGCAGAAGGGGAGAGACUGCAGCCCAAGAUUAUUAAAUCGCUGAAGAAGACCAUGGCCCCAGUGCUGAGUGACAUAGCCAUCGACUGGUUGUUCCCUGACACCAAGGAGGUGUUGCUCUCCCCAGUGGGCUCCACAUUCCUGUUCCCUGGGGACUGUUUGAUUGGCUACAGCGUGGUGUGCGACACCACGCGCUACCAUCCCAAUCCCAAAUCUGAUAAAAGGAGGCGAUACAGUAUGAUGCAUUCCAAUGUGUCAGCUAGCUCAGUGUUUUACCACUCCCAAGAGGAGGACCCAGGGACGACUACAGCCUUAUCUGACGGUCCAGAAAUGCACAGGGACAUACACUCCAGCCUGCCGUUUGACUCCUAUCUGGACUCCAUGUCAGAAAGCAGCCCUGGCCCCACAGAACACAAAGCCAUGGGAACGGACAGCAAAUCGUCACCUAGAAGACGUGUGUAUAGCACCAGCCAGAUAGUGGAAUACAACCAAAACAUGAAGAAGACCUACACUCCCAGUGACCCCAGGUCUGUAGAGGGGAAGAACCCACUGAGGAGAACUCAGGUCCAGGAGCUGAAUGGACAGACCAGCCCUGACUAUGGAGCACAGUGGAAGACUGACUACCACCCACAGCUGGUGAACCUGUGUGCCACAUCUGCCACGGCUUCCAGGGGGCGUACUACCAACGGGGCUUCUCACAGACCUUCCCCCCAUCUGGAGUGGGCUCCCCAAGAGGUGGACCCAGAGCAGGCCCAGUCCCCCGGCUCCAACCUGCAGGCCGGAGCCACCAGGAGCAGGGCUGACCCAGAGCACGCUCCAGGAGGAACCAGGAGCACCAGUGGGGAGGACUGCUCCUCCUCCACUGACCCUUCUGUCGGCAGCUUAGGAGACGCAGACUGCUACCCCAAUCAGCUGUGUGAGAUAGAAACCCCCCAGGAGCCUUCAGCCACGCCAGACCUGAACACCACCCCUGCCUGUCAGGAAGUGGUGAAGGGGGACUGUAAGGCUGUGGUGUCGGGCCUGCUCUGCGGGAAGCCAGUCAAGUGGGAGGUGACCUUUGAUAUAAACCCCUACCUGAAGGGCAGAGAGCGGGAAGAGAAAGUUCACGAGGAACUGUGGAACGAAACGUUCCAUCAUCUGGCUGGACGUUCCAUUAUUCAGGAUUUUGAAAACAUGGCAGAUAAGGAGUGUGAAAUUGAGCAUGGUUCUGGCAGAAGAUGCCAGUUGUAUGCCAUCCACACCAGCAAAGCCUGUAACAUUCUCAGUAAAUACACUGCAUUUGUCCCUGUUGAUCUGGACACUAAUGAAUACCUACAGACCUUAAUCGACUACAACCCAGGUGAGGGUCUGAAGUGGGGCUCUCGCUCGGGGAGCAGGAAGAACCAGGGUUACUCCAUCGGACUGGGCCGCUCCCAGUCUGGCUGCAUGUCAGAGGAGGCUGAGGACGGGCAUCUGCACCCCAGUGUGGAAGAUGGGGCCUCUCCAUGCAGCACCCCCUCAUCAUCUGGCUGGGAAAGAAGCAGCUUUACAAAUGCCCCCCAGAGGAGCCCGUCUGUGACCUCAGACCAAUCACAGAAGUUGGUGGAGAGCCUCUUCUCAGCCAGGCUGACUCUCAGCCGGACAAGACUCCUGACCCUGGCUGCCAGAGGCUUCAUGUUUGGCUCACACAGCAAAACCAGCAACUCUGUAGCGGAGAGCGAGAAUGAAAAAAAAGACUACAUUCCUCUGGUGUCCUUACAGUUGGCGUGUGGUGCGUUCUGCCUGGACAGCGCUCUGUGUGAGGCCAUCAAUGUGCACAUGGACAAGCUGAAGUGGACAUCUCCCUUCACCAGCCACCGGGUCAGUCUGAGUCACCACGUCUCCCACUCAGCCAGUUGCCGCUCAGACAGCAGCACUGCAGAAGACAGCCACAAGUCCACCUCUCUGUCUCCAUUUGAGAGCUCAGCUAAGGUAACAGAGACCAGCCUGGCAGGCCACCACCAGACUGGAGACCUGGCUGUCAGCAGCCACAGCCAGACGGGCCACAGCCCCUUACACCUGGCCAGGAGUCUCCGGAUGGAGGGUGGGCCAGGAUCUUCUCUUUUCUUCCUGGACGGCCCUUCCACCCCUACCACCUACGCCGAGCCCCCUCUCUACCCUCACUCCCUGACUGACGGCGGACGUGGCUCGGAGUCAGAGAGUGUGGAAACUCCCCCAGCAGUGCCCCUUGGGUCUGAGAAGAGGCUGGAUACGGAGGGCAUGGUGUGGGCCACAGCUGUAGCCCUGGCCUGGCUGGAACACAGCUCGGCCAGCUACUUCAUAGAGUGGGAGCUGAUAGCAGCUAAGGCUAGCAUGUGGCUCAGUGCCCAGAGCAUCCCUGAAGGAAAGGACUUAGCCUCAGUCAAGUCUGCUGCCAACCAGCUCUUUAUCAUCCUCAGACACUGGGACGAGAACCUGCAGCUCAACAUGCUCUGCUACAACCCCAACAGUGUCUGAGGCUGAUCGCAUCGCAUGCACUGUCCACCAUCCCGACAUAUCCAACCAUACUAUGCUAACUGACUUAACGCUUUACAUACAAAAAAUGUGUAUUUGCUGUUCUGAUGAUUUUGUUAGUGAGGUUGUUGUGAGCAUUGUGUAGUUGGAUUCAUUUUGUUGUGAUAACUUCUAAACAUGUCAGAAGCUUCUCAGAGGCACGCUUGUUGUCUGCAUGUGGAUGGAUACAGACCAUGCAUUCACUAGCUAUGGGUCAGUGAAAGAAAUCCGAAGUGUUCGAGUAAACAUGCUGUAAAGUUACUAGCUGACUGUUUACAUAUUUGAGAGAAAAUAUAUGUUUUGUUUAUGUUUAAUAUUUCCAUCAUAUUGAUGUCCAAUGAUGAGAGAAUCUGCCAAAACAAUACCAAUUAUUAAUAUUGCAUCUAAUGUGUUUGAUCGUCACCAUCAUUUCAAAAUCCAUAUUGUGAUAUGAAAAUUAGCCUGGUAGCAGAUCUGUUUGUGCCGUUUUGCCAACUUUGCGAACUCCUCUUCUCAUGUUUGAUGUGUUUUUAUUGUAUUUUCAUCAGCCAUAAGUGCCUAACAAUGAUCAAACACAAACAACGAUUGGUUAUCUGGAAUACGUAUUUAGAUGUUUUGCUGAUGUCAUGCAUUGUCCAUUCAUCAACAUGUUGUUUGACAUACUGUAUUAAUUGUGUUUCCUUAUAAAAAAAAUGCUCAGCAUGUUUUCUUUGUAGAUGGCUUCAUAGUUCUGAAUAAUUUCAUAUAAACUUUUUCCUUGGUCUUUGUUAUCUUUUACAAGGCGUUGUACUUUGCUCUCAUAUUUACUCAUAAACUUGUGUUGUUUUACUCAGGUAAUAUUAUUUUCCUCAGGCUUUGAAAUUGCAUCCAUCCCAAUGCAUGGAAACCAGGUGUUUGUGUUUUAAAAGAUGUAGCAACAGUGGGAGCAAAGCAAUUCCCCCCACAGUCAACCUAUUCUGCUGUAUUUGGCUGUCGGAGAUGAGAUCUAUGUGUGUCUUAAAUGUCUCCCUAUUCCCUUUAUAGUGCACUGUUUUUGACCAGGGCUCUGGUCAAAAGUAUCUCACUGCAUAGGGGAUAAGGUGCCAUUUGGGAUGCAUCUCUAGAAAUGUCAUAAUGUAAUUGGGAUCUGUAUAAGCUUAUAGUGGUUGUGGUGGCUGGCUUUACUUGUGAGAAGUUGUAUUUUUCAUGUUUCGAGGUCAAACAUACUCUACAUGACCAAAAGUAUGUGGACACCUCCUUGUCAAACAUUUAAUUCCACAAUCAUGGGCAUUAAUAUGGAGUCGGUCCCCCCUUUGCUGUUAUAACAGCUUUCACUGUUCUGGGAAGGCUUUCCACUAGAUCAUUGCUGCGGGGACUUGCUUCCAUUCAGCCACAAGCGCAUUAGUGAGGUCGGGCACUGAUGUUGGGCAAUUAGGCUUUCCACUAGAUCAUUGCUGCGGGGACUUGCUUCCAUUCAGCCACAAGAGCAUUAGUGAGGUUGGGCAAUUAGACUUUCCACUAGAUCAUUGCUGCAGGGACUUGCUUCCAUUCAGUCACAAGAGCAUUAGUGAGGUCGGGCAAUUAGACUUUCCACUAGAUCAUUGCUGCAGGGACUUGCUUCCAUUCAGCCACAAGAGCAUUAGUGAGGUUGGGCAAUUAGACUUUCCACUAGAUCAUUGCUGCAGGGACUUGCUUCCAUUCAGUCACAAGAGCAUUAGUGAGGUCGGGCAAUUAGACUUUCCACUAGAUCAUUGCUGCAGGGACUUGCUUCCAUUCAGUCACAAGAGCAUUAGUGAGGUCGGGCACUGAUGUUGGGCAAUUAGGCCUGGCUCGCAAUCUGCGUUGCAAUUAAUCUCAAAGGUAUUUGAUGGAGUUGAGGUCAGGGCUCUGUGCAGGACAGUCAAGUUCUUGUACACGGCAUUGUCAUGCUGAAACAGGAAACGGCCUUCCCAAACUGUUGCCAAAAAAUUGGAAGCACAGAAUUGUCUAGAAUGUCAUUGUAUGCUGUAUCGUUAAGAUUUCCCUUCACUGGAACUAAUGGGCCUAGCCCAAACCAUGAAAAACAGCCCCAGACCAUAAUUCCUCCUCCACCAAACUUUAGUUGGCACUAUGGUAGCGUUCUCCUGGCAUCCGCCAAAGCUCAAUUUUAUCCUCCUGUCAGCAAUGGGUGUGGCUGAAAUAGUCAAAUCCACUAAUUUUAAAAGGUGUCCGCAUGCUUUUAUAUAUAUAGUGUACCUCGCCAUUGCUGCUGUGUGUUUUGAAAAGAUUGUUGACUGUUUGUUUGGGGCUGCAUGUAAUAAAAUAUGUUUACUCAUGAA